AUCAAGGAUUUUCUAAAAGGAAAAGCCUCAUGAGAGCCUUAAUGACCAUCAUGGUGGUCAUUGUCUUUGUUAACAGUGCUAGAGCAGUCCAUGAAAUCUUCCUAGAUGAUGGAGUUGAACUAAGACAAUACAUUAAAGACUACAACCACAAUAUCUCUGUCACGGUGUGGUUCAAGCACUUGAGGUUCGACAGCGAGCAAAAUAAGAGAAACUUGAUGGCUACUGCCUCUCUCCAGAAGGCUAUUGACAACUUCCACAGAAACAGUGGCAUUGUCUAUGCUGAGGCUGAUCUCUCUGAGUACAAUCCAGAUAAAGCAGAUUCCUUCGAGUUUAUUGCCUAUCAAUGGCACAUUAAUGUCAGGCAUCUCAAUGAAGGCCCAAUGAUCAUGGUACUUAUGGAAGGAGAUGGAGAAGUCUUCUGGGCAUCUGAUGAUGUCCCGAUCAUUGUUCUCCUUGAAAAGGUCGAUGCUGCUAUUGGAAGAUUAGAGAAGAAUAACUUAGGCAUAGAACCGGAAAAAGCUAUGAUUACCAUUGACGAAUCUGAUAUUAGCGAGUUUGAAAGACUUAAUCCUUGGAACAAGCAUAAGGAUAUUCCUCUACCACAGGAACAUCAAAAGGCCAAGCCUAAAUUUAACCUCAAGGAGCCAGAGAAAUCAUUUGUCUAAGCUUAAUU